CACACCACACCACACCACACCAGCCCGGCCGGGAAGCUAUGGCAUUUAGCGGUGAGAGCCAGACGGACCGCUGCAGCAGGCUGGCAGCCCAGCACUACAGCGCAUCUCAUGGUGUUGAUCUCGAGGAUUUGGAUCCUGUCGACAGCCACGCCUUCUCCUGCCGCUCGGUGGAUGCCGACGACGGCCGCCUGUGUUUCCACGUUAAUUUUAGGGCUGAUGCAGGGCCACAUGGGACAAGGCUCUUCUUUGCCGAGAUCCUCGGCAGCAGCCGCCCAGAGUCCGUGCAGCACUGUGUCAUGCUAGGAGGACCAUCCACUCGGUGCAGGAACAAUUGCAAGUUUUGCUCCGAAAUCUGGCCCCCCACGUCGAGCGGUACCUUUGACUUUGGCCGCCACUGAAUCAAAAGCACCCACCCGCCGGCUUCCACUCCGCUCUCGAAUAACUUAUUUAGUAUACUCUAGUGGUUUUUUUUUUUACCUUGCUUGCUUCGUUAAAUACAAGCAUAGUCUGUCAUGCUUGCUUCCUUGGUAGGGGAAAGAGAGCCGCUCUCUUUAGUACCAAGACGUUGCAAUCUCCACUGUUGAAUUUUACAUCAAGGCACCUAUGUAUUACUAUCAAGUACGACACAAUUCUACAAUAUACAAUAUCUUAUCUCGA